AUGACAACAAAUAUAGUGCUAGAAACCACAAUGGGUUUGCUCAUUCUUGAGCUGUACACCUCGCACGCCCCAAAGACCUGCAACAAUUUCACCACCCUCGUCCGUCGCGGCUACUAUGACAACACCAUCUUCCACCGCAUCAUCCCCAACUUCAUGGUUCAGGGCGGCGAUCCUACGGGGACCGGCCGCGGAGGAAGCUCCAUCUUUGGCGAGAAAUUCGAGGACGAGAUCGAUCCGGGUCUGAAGCACACGGGCGCCGGCAUCUUGAGCAUGGCCAACGCGGGCCCAAACACGAAUGGGUCGCAGUUCUUUGUCACGCUUGCGCCUACGCCUUGGCUCGAUGGCAAACAUACCAUCUUUGGCAGGGUUAAGUCUGGAAUGGGUACCAUUAAGAGGAUGGGUCUGGUCAAGACUGGUCCUGAAGACAGACCAGUUGAGGAAGUCAAGAUUGUCAAGGCGCGUUUUGUGGAAGAGGAGGAGCAGAUCUAG